GAGUGUGUCGGUUUGUUUCCUCAUUUUGCCUGCUCACUGCGCAGCUCUCUCUCUCUCUCUCUCUCUCCCUUCUCUCACGGCAUGUCGGUUUAGUCCGAGUGUUUAGCCUUAUCAUCCCAAUCACCACCCGCCUCCAUUGCUAGCCUCCUCUUUUUUUCUCAUUCUUUUUUCUCUCUGCUUUUUCGGAAAGCUUUUCUAUAAGAACUUUUGAUCUCAGCUUCUGAUUUGUGAUCGAUCUCUUUCCUUCUGGUUCCUCUGUUUUUUCCAUAGCUAGGGUUUUCUGAGUCACUAAAGUUUCUUACUUCACGAGAAACCAAUCGAUCAAAUUGAUUGCGACCCAGUUCGAUUUCCCAUCUUUUCUCGACUGGGUUUGUCUCAGAUCUUCAAAAUAUCUCAUACAGAAUGUUGGAUCCAAGCGAUAAAGGAUCGGAGUCGGAGGAAAUGACUAUCAAAACCCCAGAUGCUGCGUCAUCGGAGGAAGGCUUUAAGAAGACCUGCGCCGACUGCGGAACCUCCAAAACCCCUCUGUGGAGAGGCGGUCCGGCGGGCCCUAAGUCGCUAUGCAAUGCAUGCGGGAUCAGAAGCAGGAAGAAAAGGAGGGCUAUUUUGGGAUUAAACAAAGAAAACCCCAACGAUAAAAAGGGCAAGAAGAACAAGCAGCUCGGUGACGGCUUGAAGCAGCGUCUGCUGGCUCUAGGAAGGGAGGUUUUGAUGCAGCGAUCGACGGUGGAGAGGCAGCGGAGGAAGCUCGGCGAGGAAGAACAAGCGGCGGUGCUGCUGAUGGCGCUCUCAUAUGGCUCUGUCUAUGCUUAAGCCUAUUUUAGAGUUAGUAUUAAGUUAUAAAUAAUGUUAUUAAUUUUAGGGUGCAAUGGCAAUUCUAACCUCCAUUUUCAGUGUAAUUUCACCCCCUUCUAUUAUCCUGUCUCUUUUAUUAGUGGAAAUUUACUUUGUUCUUUAUUUUUUAAGAGUGAUCGAGCAAAUGUAGAAUUUUGGAAGAUCUUGUUCUAAUUUGCUCAUAUAAUUCUACUAAUUUUGGUAUA